CCGCGCUCCCCCAAGAUGGCGGCGCCCUUGGCGCUGCAGCUGCAGGAGCUGCUGGACCCCCGGCCCGGGCUGCGGGACCCCGAGGAUGAUGCGGAGGAAGCUACAGUUGCUAAAGUGAUUGACAGAUUUGAGGAUGAAACCACGGAUGACAUUCUGCCUGUUGGCAAUAUCAGGAAAAGAGCUUCAGCCUCUCUCCUGGAAGCUGAUAAGAGGUACAGUGGGAAAGCCACAUCUCGGAAAGCUCUGCAGGAAGAGCUCUGGGGAGAUGCUCUGUCUGAAGAGGGAUCUGCUGAAGAAGCAUUAGAUGACUGGUACAGUGACAGUGAAGGCUCAGAAGAGGAGGACAGUGUUGGCCCAAAGGCCAGGGAGAAGCCCAGCAGUGCUGGCAGUGAGCAGGAGGAUGACUUGGAGGAUAAGGAAGAGGAGGAGCCGCCUGUCAAGGCCAAGGCACCAAAGUUCAGCUUCCAGAAUAUCACAGACUUUGAGAAGUUUACAGAGGGGAUGGAUGAUGCAGGGAGCAGUGAAGGGGAGGAUGAAGAUGAGGAUGAGGAUAAAGAUGAUGCUGACAUGGAAGAAGGGAGUGAGGAGGAAUUUGGGAGUGAAGACCACGAUGACGAAAAAGAAACCAAAGACAGCGAAGAUGAUGGGGGAGUGCUGACCUUCUCCAGAGGACAGGAGUCUGAAGAGGUGGAGAAGGGCAAAGCUGUGAGGAACCAGCUAGCCCUGUGGGAUCAGCUGAUGGAAGGGAGGAUCAAGAUGCAGAAGGUGCUCAUGACAGCCAACAGGCUGCCCCAGCCAGACACCUACCCCAGGUUCAGGAAGGAGGGGGGCCAGGACUUUGACAACGCUGUGGAGAACUGUUGUAAAGCCCUGGAGGCCUUGCUGAAAGUGCUGGUGGAACUUCAGGAUGAGCUGCUUUAUCAGUACCCAGGCACAAGGCAUCUGGUCGAUGGAAAGCAAGCAAAAACUGAGAGUGAGGAUGAAAUCCCGAGCAGCAGCGAUGAGGAGCCAGUGGAGAAGGUUCAGGAGAAGAGGAGGAGCCUCCCCAAACGGAAGCUGAAGUUUGAGGAGUACCCUGAGUUCAUAGCCAAGCGCUACAAGGACUUCAGGACCUACAGGAACAGCACCCUGCAGAAGUGGCAUGACAAGACAAAGCUGGCAACAGGCAAAAUGGGGAAGGGCUUCGGAGCCUUCGAGCGCUCGGUGCUGGCGCAGAUCGAUCACGUCCUGCUGGACAGGGAGCGAUUGCUGCGGCGCACCCAGACCCGCCGCUCCCUCUACACCGUGCUGGGCAAGCAGGAGCAGCAGCCUGCCCCAGCCCCUCAGCCUGGGCCUGACAACUCGGAAGUCCUCCCUCCCUCAGAUUCCAACAGGCACCUGAAGGACAUCGAUGAGGAGAUAUUUGAUGAUGAUGACUUUUAUCACCAGCUCCUGCGAGAGCUGAUCGAGCGUAAAACCACUUCCCUGGACCCCAACGACCAGGUGGCCAUGGGCAGGCAGUGGUUGGCCAUCCAGAAGUUACGGAGCAAAAUAAAGAAGAAAGUGGACAGAAAAGCCAGCAAAGGAAGGAGAAUCAGGUACCAUGUCCACAGCAAGCUGGUGAGCUUCAUGGCACCUAUUGACCAGUGCACAAUGAAUGAUGAUGCCAGGACGGAGCUUUAUCAGUCGCUGUUUGGAAAAGUCCGGAACGGAGAAGAGCUGGAGCAGAAUUAGGAUCUGGGGUUGAGCUGCUGGUGUUCUCCCAGCUGGUUCUGCCCUCAGCUGCUCCCUCAGGCUGCCCAGGAGCAGAGCCAGCUCUCUGCAGCCUCUGCUUUGUCCCUAAAAUCCUCCCUGAAGGAGCAUCAAACCCCGUGAAGUCAGAGAAAGGAGUGAGCCUGGCUGAACACCCCCUGUCCAGCCUGGAGUGCUUCCUCCCAAAGACAAUCCAUUUUUAACUAUUCCCUUUCAACUCCUGACCUUAAUUUUGCAUCCUGGGCACAGUGUGGGGGAGGGACACAAUCCAUCCCCUCCUGGUUUUGUUAAAACCUUGGAGAUUUGGGGGCUGUGGGGGUUCAGUGCCCUGUUCUGGUGCUUGGCUGCAUAUUGGGAGUGUGUGACUUCAUUUUUCACCAGUCAAGAGGAUUUAAAUGUCAUUUCCAUAAUUAACAUGGCCUUAAAACAGAGGAAAGGUGCUCCUGUGCAGGCUCCCAGUUCCCAUUCUGGUUGUUGAGCACACACAGGGACGUUUGCUGCUCCUGACACGGGAUGUGCCGGGAUGUUGGUGCUGUGGGAAGCUCUCGGGGACUUCUCCAGCAUGGGCAGGGUCCCAGCCCGGGACAGAGGUGAGGGGUGUGGGGGCUUUGCAGUAAAUCCCCAUGAAGGGAAUUUGGGAGCUGCCCUGAUCAGUCAGACCUGGCAUUUCUCUGGCGUCACUGA